AUGAUCUCUACGACGGCACCCUCCUCCGUGUCUUCGACGCCCACUUCCAGGCUUACCAGCGCGCCACGCAUCAAAGCCUCGGUCACGCAGGCAAUCCACCUCGACUUCGAAACAUUCAGCCGCUCCAGUGGAGUGACAGUCUCAACCCUCUUCCAAUCAGUCUUUCAGAUCUGGCUCGCUCGCCGCAGCGGCCAGGUCAGUAUCGCUUUCGACUACCUCUACACGGGCCGCAAUGUAGAUCUACCAGAUCCGCAGGGUAUUAAUGGUACCUGCGCCAAUUUCCUGCCGAUGCGCUCCGAGGUCGAUGCCCAGAUCCCGGUGCAGAAGUAUUUGUUGCGUACGCAGGACGAGUUCAGGCAGUACACUGAGAACAAUACCGUGGGAAUUGAAGACAUUUGUCAAGCUUGUGGGGUGCCGCGUGCGGACGCAGUAAAUCAGGCGCUCUUCUUGUUCCAGCCAUUCGAGCCGGCAUCGGCUACUGCGAAGGAGGUAGCGCACAAGUGGGUGGUCAUGGCGCAGUCAGAGGUGACGAUGCUCCAGCCUUAUUCGAUCGUCUUUGAGGUCAUUAAGACUGCAGACUUGAACAAGUAUAAGUUGAAGUUUGCUUAUGACAGCUCUGUAUGGGCAAAGGAGGAGGCGCAAGGAGAGGUUGCUCUUGUUGAACAGAUGCUCGCGCGGGUUGUUGGGGAUGAAGACGCUUUGAUCGGGGAUGUUCUUGAGGCGGCAUAG